UUAUUUCUCUGAUAUAUAUUUGCCGUAAAAAUAAUACGUUAAAGCUUCUAUUUUGUUAUAACAACAAAAGUCCUUAAAAUAUGGCAAUCUCUGUUUUCUAAAGAAUUCUAUAAAUAUAUACAUUAUUAAUUUUUAACAAUUAUUAAGGUCUGUCAUCUUACGGUAACAUCGUGGUUCCGGUAACAAAAUACAACACUAGUAUGGCAAUAUUCACAAUGCAAUUUUUAUUUCCAAUAUUUGAUUCAAUUCAAAUUUAUUUAAAUUGAAGUAAGAGUUAUUGAUGAUAUAUUUAUUAUUGAAAAAAUUUAUUUAGCCUUUUUUUAUGUGUAAGGAAACUUUAAAAACUUACAUCUACACUUGGCGAUCUACGUCAAGUUAAGAAUGGCAGUGAACGUGUUAACAUAAAUUAAUAUUGACUUAAGUAGACGAUUUAUUCAUCAAACAAUUUAAAAUAAAAAUAAAAACAUAAUUUGAGUCUUGCAUACCUGCAAAUUGCCAAACAAGCUUUAUUAUUAAGCAUGAAUUAAUGUUUUUUCUCAUGUUGUUUCAGAUACGUCAUUCGCUAGUUCCUGUGCUACUUCUUGCGACAGUCGCAUUUUCAUCAAGCAACGUACUUCCAGUAUUAUCCAUAAAUCAACUAGAAAGUGAACCAGUUGGUUUAAAAGGCCAGUUAAAUGACAAUAUACUUAGUAAUAGAAAUGAACCUAGAAACAUAUUAAAUGAUAUAUUUUAUACAAUAUCAAUCGCAACACCCCUUGAUAAGAAACAACAAAAUGAACUGCAGUACAUGGAUAUUAACAAUAAUACACCUGAUGAUGAAUCGUACAUUUUUAAUAGAGAAGGUGCGUAUAAUGGAGAAGGAUUUCGAAAAGAACAAUGGCACAAUUAUCCAAGACAAUUAGAUCGACUCCACGAAUAUUUGUACGAACAUCACAAUACCGAUAAACGAAACCCAGAUCCCGGCGGUCCUUAUGAUUACAAUGAUGAUACAGCACAGAUAAAUCUUGACAAUGAAUUAAAAACAAAUGAAUUUCAUUUAUCCACAAAAGAUGAAAACGGCUAUGAGACAGCAGCCAUAAGCCCCUUCUUAAUUUUUAAAAUCCAUUUAGCAUGUUUGAAUAACAAAUUGAAGAACACGAACGCAAAUAGCGCCCCACACUUUUCGUUAUCAGAGCCGGAAUACAUUCCCAAUGACAAGAAAGAGAUGUACGAAAACGAUAAAAACCCCGAAGUAAGUGUGACAAAGGUGAAACGAGAGGAAGAGUCUGGACUUCAAAACGUUGAUAUUCCAGGUAACUCCAUAACGAAGAAUCGAGCUGUGAAGAAGAGGAUAUUUUCUCUGUGGAGCAGACUCCAAAGCUUCAACCACAAGGGUCACGAACUCCAGCAUAGGCGGCAUCUCCACGCCUUCUAUGGUCUCCCUGAAGGCGACGGAGGAGGAGGUGUUUUGACAGCGGAAACUAGAGCCACCUUCAUGAGACCACCUGGUUCACCAUUACGGUGGGGCUGAAAUGAAUGGCUCAUACUUUAUUAUUUUGAAUUCCGUUCCGAUUUCGUUGGUCAGUAGUAGGGUAUGGCUAUGCAAACGUAUAUUUUGCCAAAUAAUUUGAAUGUUAAAAUUAUGUUUACAGUGUCCAAUAUAUAAAAAAUAGUGCUCAUAUUCAGAGGCAAUCUUGAAUUUUUAGUCAGAUUGUUGAGUUAGGACUUAUUAAAUGGUUGUAAUGAAAAGAACACCAAAUUAACCUAAUUUAACCAACAUAAUUACCAUUCGUGCAUAAAAUAUUACAUUUCUAUGUAUACUUUGUAAUUUAGGUGUAUUUUCAGUAUUAUAUUUCUGUCUGAAUCAUAUAGAAUCUGCUUCUAAAAUUCAAUUUAUUCUUGAUAUAACAAUAUAACGAAAAAAAGUGGCAAGCGAACACGAAUCCUAUAAACAAGAAUUAACGAAAUAUAUGAUUGCAUCUGCUGGAAUUGGCAAAGGAUACCGUAAAGUAUUUUAGAUCGUACAAUAAUAAUGAUUAUAGUCGAAGCUGAAUAGUACAAUAAAUUGACCAACUGAUUUAUAAAUUGUCUGUAAUAAUUAGACAAUCGUUUACUUGUUAGAUAAUUUUAAUGAUGCGAGAUUUUCAUUGUCUAUUUUUACAGUAUUUUAACAUGAAUUAAUUAAUAGUAAAUAUUUGCUCUAACAUUGUAUGCAAUAUUAUAUUAGAUAAGAAAAGUAUCGACUGUUGCAAUACUACUAAAUGUGCAUAUAAUUAUUGACGCUUAAUGUCUUCUAAAAUACAUAAAGUAAUGGAAUUCUGUGAAGAUUAUUAUUCAUGAUACUUCCACGCAUAUUGUGUCUAUAACAUUACCUAGUGAAAUAUUUUACUAACCUUAAUAGCGAUAAUAAUAAAUUAACUAUAUCAAUAUUAUGUAAAUAAAUACCGUGUAUAUCAGCGUCCAUGUUUUUAUUUAAUAAUCAAUUCCUUUUGGUUUAAAAUAUAGUACAAUAAAUGAAAAUUUACCUUCAUCUGAUAAUAAAAUACAUAUGGGUCGUCUAUCUAAAUGAGAGUCCUAAACUAUAAAUAAAAUAUUUUAAUUACCUUCUUACAUCAACUUUGUUACUUUCUUAUUGAUUUGGAUGAAAUUGACAAAAGAAUUGGAUAUAUAUACAGUGUGGCACAUCGUUGCAUCAAAAGUCUAGAUUAUCUAGUAAGUCUAGAUUUGUCAUUGUGGACUUUGUACCGACUGCACUUCGUAUAGAACUUCCCUUCUAACAGAGAUCUGCUUAAGGUGGUGGUGUGUAGCGUGACGUUUGGCCUUUCGUACCACAGUUUUGAAAAUGCAACCUAAUGCCUUACUAUUGGAUGGCGAAUAGAAUAAAAAGUUUAUUCUAUUUGUAUUUAAUUUUAACUUUUAAAAUAACAAAUAAGUGUAUAUAUCACA